AUGCCUUCGCUAUCCCGCGGCGUAUUUCUGCUGAACAAUCAAAUCAACUCGAAGAAGAAGCACAAUGCCCCAAAUCAAAUGCAAACGAUUGUCAGUUUCCUUCGUAACGCAAAGUCGUCGGGCCGACCUGCUGGACCCAAAAAAACAAAAGAGGAAACAACACGCACCGGAUGCGGUGACUUCGGGGUUAUUCUCAUGCCCUCCGUCUCCCUUUAUUCACCACAAGGUGAGAAACCCAGUCAUGAGCUAGCAGUAGUAGACGACCUAGAAUCAACCGUGCAACUCUGGAAUUGCGAAAAGAACGUGCUCCACGACGCAGCGAGUCAAGUCAUCGAUGAGUGCUAG